AUGGGGCUGCCACUAGCCCGCCUGGUGGCCCUCUGCCUGACUCUGACCUGGGCCGGGGGCUCAGAGCUCCGGAGAGGUGAGCGGGUGCGGGCAGGAAGGCUGGGCAGCCCAGGGCACAUGGUCCUGCGGGGUAGAGGUGUCUCCCUCGGCCCGGGCUUCGGGGUGGACGGCCUGGGCCAGGCCUCGUAAGGCAGGACCCGGAACCAUGGCCACAGCGUCUGCAGCACGUGGGGCGACUCCCACUACAAGACCUUCGACGGAGACGUCUUCCGCUUCCCCGGGCUGUGCGACUACAACUUCGCCUCUGACUGCCGGGACGCCUACCAGGAGUUCGCUGUGCACCUGAAGCGGGGCCCCGGCCGCAGUGGGGGCCACCCGCAGGUUGAGUACAUCCUGCUGACCGUCAAGGAUGACACCAUCUACCUCACCAGCCAGCUCACUGUGCUGAACGGUGCCAUGGUCAGCAGCCCGCACUACAGCCCGGGGCUGCUCAUCGAGAAGAGUGACACCUACACUAAGGUCUAUUCCCGUGCUGGCCUCACGCUCAUGUGGAACCGGGAGGACUCGGUCAUGCUGGAGCUGGACAGUACGUUCCGGAACCACACGUGCGGCCUCUGCGGUGACUACAACGGUCUGCAGACCUACUCUGAGUUCUUCUCCGAUGGCGUGCGCUUCAGUCCCAUCGAGUUCGGGAACAUGCAGAAGAUCAACAGGCCUGAGGAGGUGUGCGACGGCCCCCAGGAGGCGCCGGACCCCCCGUCCUGCUCUGAGCACCGCGCCGAGUGCGAGAGGCUGCUGAGGGACGCGGCCUUCGAGGACUGCCGGGACCUGGUGCCGCUGGAGCUGCACGUGCAGGCCUGCAUGCAGGACCGCUGCCAGUGCCCGCACGGCACCUCCUGCGUCUGCAGCACCAUCGCCGAGUUCUCCCGCCAGUGCUCCCACGCCGGCGGCCGGCCGCGGAACUGGAGGACUGCCUCGCUCUGCCCUAAGAGCUGCCCCGCGACCAUGGUUUACCUGGAGAGCGGCUCGCCCUGCAUGGACACCUGCUCACACCUGGAGGUCAGCAGCCUGUGUGAGGAGCAUCGCAUGGAUGGCUGUUUCUGCCCAGAAGGCACUGUGUACGAUGACAUCAAGGGUGGCGGCUGCAUCCCUGUGAACCAGUGUCACUGCAAGCUGCACGGACACCUGUACGCACCUGGCCAACAGAUCACCAACAGCUGCGAGCAGUGUGUCUGCAACGCCAGCCGCUGGGUGUGCCAGGACCUGCAGUGCCCCAGGACCUGUGCCCUGGAGGGCGGCGCCCACGUCACCACCUUCGACGGGAGGAAGUACACGUUCCACGGGGACUGCUACUACGUGCUGACCAAGGGCGCCCACAACGACUCCUAUGUCAUCCUGGGCGAGCUGACCCCCUGCGGCUCCACCGACAAGCAGACCUGCCUGAAGACGGUGGUGCUGCUGGCUGACAACAAGAAGAACGUGGUGGCCUUCAAGUCGGACGGCACCGUCCUGCUGAAUGAGCUGCAGGUGAACCUGCCCCACGUGACGGCGAGCUUCUCCAUCUUUCAACCGUCCUCCCACCACCUCGUCGUGACCACCGCCUUCGGCCUCAGGCUGCAGGUCCAGCUGGUGCCGGUCAUGCAGCUCUUCGUGACGCUGGACCAUGCCGCCCAGGGGCUGGUGCAGGGCCUCUGCGGGAACUACAACGGCCUUGAAGGUGACGACUUCAAGACGGCCGGUGGGCUGGUGGAGGCCACGGGCGCCGGCUUCGCCAACACCUGGAAGGCGCAGUCGAGCUGCCGCGACAAGCUAGACUGGCUGGAUGACCCCUGCUCCCUGAACAUCGAGAGCGCCAACUACGCUGAGCACUGGUGCUCCCUGCUGAAGAAGGCAGAGACCCCGUUCGGCAAGUGCCACUCCGCCGUGGACCCAGCCGAGUAUUACAAGAGGUGCAAAUACGACACGUGCAACUGCCAGAGCACGGAGGACUGCAUGUGCGCGGCCCUGUCCUCCUACGCCCGCGCCUGCGCCAUCAAGGGCGUCAUGCUGUGGGGCUGGAGGGAGCGCGUCUGCAACAAGGACGUGGACUCCUGCCCCAGGUCGCAGGUCUUCCUGUACAACCUGACCACCUGCCAGAAGACCUGCCGCUCGCUGUCCGAGCCUGACACCCACUGUCUCAAGGGCUUCGCACCCGUGGACGGCUGCGGCUGCCCCGACCACACCUUCCUGGACCAGAAGGGCCUCUGCGUGCCCCUGGCCAAGUGCUCCUGCUACCACCGUGGCCUCUACCUGGAGGCGGGCAAGGUCAUCCUGAGGCAGGAGGAGCGAUGCGUUUGCCGAAACGGGAGGCUGCACUGCCUGCAGGUCAAGCUGCUCGGCCAGCGCUGUACGGCCCCGAAGAUCCACGUCGACUGCAACAACCUGACGGCGCUGGCCAUCCGGAACCCCAGGCCCGUCAGCUGCCAGACGCUGGCUGCCGGCUAUGUGCGUGCUGGGGGGGGGGGGGGCGGCGCUGUGGCUGGGGGUGCAGGGGGCGGCUGUGUGGUGGAGGAGGCGUGCCCGUGUGUGCACAACAAGGACCUGUACUCCCCCGGCGACAAGAUCAGGGUGGAUUGCAACACCUGCACCUGCCAGAAAGGGCGCUGGGCGUGCACCCAGUCCGUGUGCCACGGCACCUGUGCCAUCUAUGGGAACAGCCACUACAUCACCUUCGAUGGGAAGUACUAUGACUUCGAUGGACACUGCUCCUACGUGGCCGUUCAGGACUACUGUGGCCAGAACUCCUCACUGGGCUCCUUCAGCAUCAUCACCGAGAAGGUCCCCUGUGGCACCACAGGCGUCACCUGCUCCAAGGCCAUUAAGAUCUUCAUAGGGAGGACGGAGCUAAAGCUGGAGGACAAACACCGCAUGGUGAUACAGCGUGACGUGGGCCACCAUGUGGCCUACACCACGCGGGAAGUGGGCCAGUACCUGGUGGUGGAGGCCAGCAUCGGCAUCAUCGUCAUCUGGGACAAGAGGACCACCAUCUUCAUCAAGCUUGCCCCCUCCUACAAGGGCACUGUGUGUGGCCUGUGUGGGAACUUUGACCAGCGAUCCAGCAACGACUUCACCACGCGGGACCACUUGGUGGCGGAGAGUGAGCUGGACUUCGGGAACAGCUGGAAGGCGGCCCCCACCUGUCCGGACGUGAACAUCACCCCCGAGCCGUGCACCCAGAAGCCGCACCGCCGCUCCUGGGCCGAGAAGCAGUGCAGCAUCAUCAAGGGCCCAGUCUUCGGGGUCUGCCACAGCAAGGUGGACCCCAAGCCCUUCUACGAGGCCUGCGUCCGCGACACGUGCUCCUGCGACACGGGCGGAGACUGUGAGUGUUUCUGCUCUGCCGUGGCCGCCUACGCCCAGGAGUGCACCAAGGAGGAGGCCUGCGUGUUCUGGAGGACGCCCGACCUGUGCCCCAUAUUCUGUGACUACUACAACCCCCCGAACGAGUGUCAGUGGCAUUACGAGCCCUGCGGGAACCGCAGCUUCGAGACGUGCAGGACGGUCAGCGGCAUUCACUCCAACAUCUCCGUGUCCCACCUGGAGGGCUGCUACCCUCGGUGCCCUAAGGAAAGUCCCAUCUACAACGAGGACCUGAAGAAGUGUGUCACACGGGACCAAUGUGGUUGCUACAUCGGGGACACUCACUACCCACCUGGAGAGUCUGUGCCCACGAAGCAGAUCUGCCAUUCUUGCGUGUGUGACAACUCCUCGCAAGUUGUCUGCCAGCCAGAAAAAGGGAAGACUCUCAACUUUACCCGGGACAGCCCCUUCUGCUACUGGGAAACCUGUGACCUCAACGGGAUGGUGGAGAAGCACUUCAACAUCUGCGUGUACACCCCACCACCCUCGUCCCCCUCAACACCCGCCACCACCACCUCUGUCACCCCCAUCACGCCCUCCACCACCACGAGCACCACUCCGACCACCAGUACAGAGACACCCUCAGUGUCAUCUCCCCCUUCAACAACUCAGAGUAAGUCACGGCUAUGCUGCUUCUGGUCCGACUGGAUCAACGAUGACCAUCCCAGAAUCGGCAGUGACGGUGGAGACCGAGAGACAUUCAACCGUGUCUGCAGGGCCCCCAGGGAUAUCGAGUGCAGGGUGGCCAUAGAGCCCCACCUCAGCUGGGAGGAGCUGGGCCAGGAGGCUCAGUGCAAUGUCUCCUUCGGGUUCAUCUGCAAGAACGAAGACCAGUUUCGAAACGGACCUUUUGGAGUCUGCUAUGACUACGAGAUACGAGUCUAUUGUUGCCUGCUGAUGGAUGAGUGUCCCACGACCCCGGUCACGAUCCCCACCACCACCCCGUCAACCACCACCCCCACCACCCCGCCCACCACCACCCCCACCACCACCCCGCCCACCACCACCCCCACCACCACCCCGCCCACCACCACCCCCACCACCACCCCGCCCACCACCACCCCCACCACCACCCCACCCACCACCACCCCCACCACCCCACCCACCACCACCCCCACCACCACCCCACACACCACCCCACACACCCCACCCACCACCGCCCCACCCACCACCCCACACACCACCCCACACACCCCACCCAUCACCACCCCCACCACCACCCCACACACCACCCCACACACCCCACCCACCACCACCCCACCUACCACCCCACCCAUCACCACCCCCACCACAACCCCACCCACCACCACACCCACCACCACACCCACCACCACACCCACCACCACGACCACCACAACCCCACCCACCACCACCCCCACCACCCCACCCAUCACCACCCCCACCACAACCCCACCAACCACCACCCCCACCACCCCCACCACAACCCCACCCACCACCACCACCUCCACCACCCCCACCACAACCCCACCCACCACCACCCCCACCACACCCACCACCCCCCCCACCACAACCCCACCCACCCCCACCACCCCCACCACCACACACACCACCCCACACACCACCCCACCCACCACCACCACCACCCCACACACCACCCCACCCACCACCACCACCCCACCCACCACCACCACCACCACAACCCCAUGUUUGCCAGACUGCCAAUGGACUGGCUGGGAGGAUUCUAGAAAACCAAACUUUACCAGAGAAGGUGGAGACGUUGAGUCCCUUGAGAACUUCUGUAAUUUGGGCAGGGUAACCAACAUCUCCUGCAGAGCCACCAUGUUUCCCAACGUUCCCCUCCAAGAGCUUGGACAAAACGUGGUGUGUAACACCAGUGUUGGGCUCAUGUGCAGAAACCAAGACCAGAAGCCAAGGGGAGCCAACUCCACAACUUACUGCCACAACUAUGAGAUCAGUGUCUACUGCUGCGCUCUUCCACUUAACUGUGUCCCCACAACUUCGACCACCACCACAGAGACCCCAACUACGACCCCCACCGCUACUUCAACAGAGACUCCAACUCCAACCACUACAGAGAUCCCAACCACAACACCCACCACCACCACAACCUCAACCGAGACUCCAACUCCGACCACUCCAGGGACCCCAACCGCAACACCCACCACCACUUCAACUGGGACUCCAACUCCCACCCCCACCACAACCUCAACAGAGACUCCAACUCCGACCACUCCAGGGACCCCAACCACAACACCCACCACCACUUCAACUGGGCCUCCAACUUCCACCCCCACCACAACCUCAACAGAGACUCCAACUCCGACCACUCCAGAGACCCCAACCACAACACCCACCACCACUUCAACUGGGCCUCCAACUUCCACCCCCACCACAACCACAACAGAGACUCCAACUCCAACCACUAUAGAGAUCCCAACCACAACACCCACCACCACUUCAACUGGAACUCCAACUCCGACCCCCACCACAACCACAACAGAGACUCCAACUCCGACCACUCCAGAGACCCCAACCACAACACCCACCACCACUUCAACCACCACCACCACCACCACUACCCCACCCACCACCACCCCGCCCAGCACCACACUGACAACCUCCACACAGCCAGAAUCCACUGAGUGUUUGCCAGACUGCCAAUGGACUGGCUGGGAGGAUUCUAGAAAACCAAACUUUACCAGAGAAGGUGGAGACGUUGAGUCCCUUGAGAACUUCUGUAAUUUGGGCAGGGUAACCAACAUCUCCUGCAGAGCCACCAUGUUUCCCAACGUUCCCCUCCAAGAGCUUGGACAAAACGUGGUGUGUAACACCAGUGUUGGGCUCAUGUGCAGAAACCAAGACCAGAAGCCAAGGGGAGCCAACUCCACAACUUACUGCCACAACUAUGAGAUCAGUGUCUACUGCUGCGCUCUUCCACUUAACUGUGUCCCCACAACUUCGACCACCACCACAGAGACCCCAACUACGACCCCCACCGCUACUUCAACAGAGACUCCAACUCCAACCACUACAGAGAUCCCAACCACAACACCCACCACCACCACAACCUCAACCGAGACUCCAACUCCGACCACUCCAGGGACCCCAACCACAACACCCACCACCACUUCAACUGGGCCUCCAACUUCCACCCCCACCACAACCACAACAGAGACUCCAACUCCGACCACUCCAGAGACCCCAACCACAACACCCACCACCACGUCAACUGGAACUCCAACUCCGACCACUCCAGAGACCCCAACCACAACACCCACCACCACUUCAACUGGGCCUCCAACUUCCACCCCAACCACAACCACAACAGAGACUCCAACUCCGACCACUCCAGGGACCCCAACCACAACACCCACCACCACUUCAACUGGGCCUCCAACUUCCACCCCCACCACAACCACAACAGAGACUCCAACUCCGACCACUCCAGAGACCCCAACCACAACACCCACCACCACUUCAACUGGGCCUCCAACUUCCACCCGCACCACAACCACAACAGAGACUCCAACUCCAACCACUCCAGGGACCCCAACCACAACACCCACCACCACUUCAACUGGGCCUCCAACUUCCACCCCCACCACAACCACAACAGAGACUCCAACUCCGACCACUCCAGGGACCCCAACCACAACACCCACCACCACUUCAACUGGAACUCCAACUCUGACCGCCACCACCACAGAGACAAUCCCCACCACUACCACAACCACAGAGACCCCAACACCAAUAACCACCACCACAGUGACCGCAACACCACCACUGACCACCACCUCCACUGCGACUCCAACUCCGACCCUCACCAUUAGCACCACCUCCACAGAGACUGCAACACCUACACCCACCAUAACAGAGACCCCAACUCCAGCCUCCACCACCACAGAAACCCCCUCCCCCACCACUACCACAACCACAGAGACUCCAACCCCACCUCCCAACAUUAGCACUGCCAGCAGCACAUCACAAUCUCUUCCGACGUCCUCCCCUCCCACCUCCCAGUCCACCUCUCCCUCUUCCACGGAAUCUACCACGCUUGUGACCACCACCCCAACAACUGAGGAGACAUACAGCACACCACAGACCCCAGCGUCGACAGAACCAGCCAUCAGUACAACAGGAGGCACCACGCCCUCUCCACCUACACCUGGCACCACCCCUCCAGAGGAGCUUUACAGCUCUUGGGACUUGAGACAGGUGCCCCCCACUCUACCCAGUGAGAGCGUUCCCCAAGAAGGCUCCAGGAGGGCUCGCCUGCCUCUCCUGCCCCCCAAGUCCCGCUGGCUCGCCAACCUCGGGUCCCAGCUCCUCGAAGACCACUCCCACCCACGGAGCCACGACUGGGCCCCCUUCAUCCACCACAGGGCCCCCUUCCACACCCACACCCACUCCCACGACUGUACCACCAGCACCUUGACCUCCAGUGUGACCGCCCCCACGGUGAUCCCAUUAACCUCACCCAACAUCACCACGAGCAUCGUCCCAGUCACCAGCACCGCCCAGAAGAUAUGCUGCUAUUUGAAUGACACGUAUUAUGCCCCAGGUGAGCUGGUGUACAACAGCACACAAGGAGACACCUGCUACUAUGUGAACUGCUCGCUGGAGUGCACCCUCGAGAUCUUCAACUGGUCCUGCCCAUCCACACCCUCCCCAACUCCCAGCCCAUCCAUACCCACCACCCGGCCAUCCAUGGCAUCCAGUGUGCCGUCCACCACCAAGCCCCCUGCAUGCCUGGACUUCGAUCCUCCCAGACAGGAGAACGAGACCUGGUGGCUGUGUAACUGCACCAUGGCCAUCUGCAAAUACAACAACACCGUGGAGCUCGUGGAGGUGAAGUGCGACCCCCCCCCCAUGCCCACCUGCUCCAACGGCCUCAGGCCAGUGCGCGUCGAGGACCCCGACAAGUGCUGCUGGCACUGGGAGUGUGACUGCUACUGCACGGGCUGGGAGGACGCACACUACGUCACCUUCGAUGGGCUCUACUACAGCUACCAGGACAACUGCACGUACGUGCUGGUGGAGGAGAUCACCCCCACCAUAGACAACUUCGGGGUCUACAUCGACAACUACCACUGUGACGUCAGCAGCCAAGUGUUCUGCCCCCGCGCGCUCAUCGUGCGCCAUGAGACCCAGGAGGUGCUGAUCAAGACCGUGCACACGACGCCCAUGAGGGUGCAGGUGCAGGUCAACAGGCAGGCUGUGGCGCUGCCCUAUAAGAAGUACGGGCUGCAGGUGUACCAGUCAGGCAUCAGCUACGUGGUGGACAUCCCUGAGCUGGGCGCCCUCAUCUCCUACGACAGCCUUUCCUUCUCCAUGCGGCUGCCCUACCACCGGUUCAGCAACAACACGAAGGGCCGGUGUGGCACGUGCACCAACAACACCUCGGAUGACUGCAUGCUGCCCAGCGGGGAGGUCGUCGCCAGCUGCGAGGUUGCGGCUGACCACUGGGUGGUGAACGACCCCUCGGAGCCGCACUGUCCCCACAGGGGCUUCACCACCGAGCGACCGGCCACCUGGCCGUCGGUGGGCAGCAGCGCAACGGCCGGGACGGGCUCUCCGUCUCCACUCUGCGAGCUCAUCAAGGACAGCUUGUUCGCCCAGUGCCACACUGUGGCAUCCCCCAAGCACUACUACGAAGCCUGCAUAUUCGACAGCUCCACCAUGCCCAACUCAGGCCUGGAGUGUGCCAGCCUGCAGACCUACGCAGCCCUCUGUGCCCAGGAGGGCAUCUGUGUCGACUGGCGGAACCACACUGGUGGGGCCUGCCUGGUGACGUGCCCGGAGCACCGAGAGUACCGGGCCUGUGGUCCCGUGGAGGAGCCCACCUGCAAGUCCAGCCACACCCAGGCAAACAGCCCACGCCUGGUAGAAGGCUGCUUCUGUCCCGAGGGCACCACCAGCUACGCGUCCGGCUUCGACGUCUGCGUGGACCUGUGCGGCUGCGUGGGGCCCGACAACUUGCCCAGAGAGUUUGGGGAGCACUUCGAGUUCGACUGCAAGGACUGCAUCUGCCUGGAGGGGGGCAGCGGCAUCAUCUGCAGGCCCAAGACAUGCCACCCGGUACCCUUCGUGGAGUGCAAGGAGGACGGCACCUACACUGUCACAGAGGUCGACCCCGCCAACACCUGCUGCAACAUCACCUCCUGCGCGUGCAACGCCAGCCUGUGUAGUGGGCAGCCCCCGCUGUGCCCGCUGGGCUUCGAGGUGAAGAGCGAGAUGGUCCCUGGGAGGUGCUGCCCCUUCUACUCAUGUGUGCCCAAGGGCGUGUGUGUUCUCAGGAACGCUGAGUACCAGCCCGGUUCUCCAGUCUUCUCCUCCAAGUGCGAGAACUGCAUGUGCACCAAACACAGAGACAACGCCACGCAGCUCAACGCCAUCUCCUGCACCCACGUGCCUUGCAACACCUCCUGCGACCGCGGCUUUGAGCUGGUGGACGCCCCCGGCGAGUGUUGCAAGAAGUGCCAGCAGACCCAGUGCAUCAUUGUCAUCAAGCAGCCCGGCAGCCAGAACCUGGUCCUGAAGCCCGGGGACAUGAAGAGAGACCCCCUGAACAACUGUACCUUCUUCAGCUGCAUGAAGAUACACGACCAGCUCAUCUCAUCCGUCUCCAACAUCACCUGCCCCGACUUUGACCCCAGCACCUGCCUCCCGGGCUCCAUCACACUCAUGCCCAAUGGCUGCUGCAGGAAAUGCCUCCCUCGCAAUGAGACCAGGAUCUCCUGCUCCAUCGUCCCUGUCGUCAGGGAAAUUUCGCACAAUGGCUGCACCAAGCUGGUCACCAUGAACGAUUGCUCCGGGUCCUGCGGGACCUUCGCCAUGUACUCGGCCAAGGCCCAGUCCCUGGACCACAGCUGCUCCUGCUGCAAGGAGCAGAGCACCAGCCAGCGGGAGGUGAUGCUGCAGUGCCCGGGCGGGGGCUUGCUCCGUCACACCUACACCCACAUCGACAGCUGUCUGUGCCAGGACACCGUGUGCGAGCUGCCCCCCCAGCGCAGGGCCCGGCGCUCUGGCCCCAGGGACCUGGGCCCGGGGCGGGGGUCAGGACACCCCAGCACAGCAACACCACCCUGGAUCCCGGGCUCCUGGGGACUUCAGGAGCUCACACUGCCCCUGGCCCAGCCCGUGGACUCCUAG